GGCAUCUCGUGCGCCGGCCAACCCAAAGGCUGAAUCCACCGCUGACGCCUGCCGUCGCUCCACGCGCGUCGCCGCCAGUCACACCGGCCUAUCUCAUCGCGUACCUCUGAUUUCUGCACCUCCGCAAUCUUAAUUUUGGGGAUCUAAGGAGGAAGAAGCAGGGAGCAGGACAUAGUAUUGGAUGGAGGAUUAAAUUUGGGGAUUACAGCAUGCUUUCCUUGAGAUAUGGAACGCCUACAUUUGGUCUAGUGUCGGAGAGAGCCACCGACGCGCAUUUUCGAAAGUUCAACUCUGUAGUGGUAUGUGGUGCCAGGGGUCCGAGACCAAGGUAUCCUCGAGUGUGGAAAACAGAUAAGAGGAUCGGAACUGUUUCCAAGUCGCAGAAGCUUGUCAAAUGUAUUAAAGAUUUGUCUAAUGUAAAGGAGGAAGUUUAUGGUGCUCUUGAUUCAUUUGUUGCAUGGGAACUGGAGUUUCCCUUGAUAGCGGUAAAGAAGGCAUUGCAUACGCUUGAGGAGGAAAAGGAAUGGAAAAGAAUAAUUCAGGUUAUCAAGUGGAUGUUCAAUAAAGGUCAAGGGAAGACCAUGGGAAGCUAUCAGAUUUUAUUAACUGCUUUAAUUGAGGAUGGACGAGUUGAAGAAGCAGAAGAGCUAUUUGGAAAGAUAUUCUCGAGAUAUAUGGAGGGUUUGCCCCGUAUAUUUUUCAUGAAGAUGAUCUCCUUGUACUAUAGUUUGGGGUCAUACCAGAAGAUGUUUGAGGUUUUUGCUGAUAUGGAAGAGCUGGGUGUUCGACCUGAUCGUUCAAUUGUCAGGAUGCUCAGUGUAGUAUUUAAGAAGCUAGAUAUGCUGGAUAAAUACGAAAAGUUAAAUAGGAAAUAUCCACCUCCAAAAUUUGAAUACCGAUACAUCAAAGGCAAACGCAUAAGGAUAGCUGUUUACCCAGAUGAUAAUAUUGAAGAGAUAACACAGAGAAACUCUGGCACAGAUGAACUGGAAGAGGCAGAAGGCAUAAACAGUGACAAUGAAUUUGAAGAAGAGGCAAGCACAGGCCUGGACCGAAAUGUAUUAAGUGAUGCAGUUUGUGGAGACCUUGAAGUUGUAUAGCUCAGAGCUUCAGUUUGGUGUUUUCGUGCCUGGUUCAUCAGAGCUGGAUACAGUUGAUACAGCAAGAUGUGUUGUUAAGGGAGAGAAGCGCAUUUUUGGAUACACAGCAAGGCUUCACCAUGUGAUGCUAUAGACAUCAGUGUUCGAUGUUCCUGAAUUUUGCUAUCGAACUGUAUGGGUUGAUAUCCUUACUCUGACGCCAUGAGAUGAUGUCCCUUAAAAAAUUCAUGGAUGUGGCCUCAAUGUUCAGCUAUUUCAGUCCAGGAUGAAGGCAGAUUGUUCUCUAAGGCUGAAAUGUAUAUUAGUAUCAUUUGUAGGACUAGCAUUAGACAGGCAGUAGUAUCUCCCCUGGAAAUAAAAUGGCUGUAGAUGAACCUUUUUGCGUA